GGGGGAAGGCGCACCGCCUUGCAGCCGCAGGCGGCGGAAGGCGGAGGAGGCGGUGGGGCGAGGACCCUGCAGCAGCUGGGCCACCCCCUCCCACCGCAGCGCCCCAGGGGCCACCCCUCGGUAGAAGGUCGUGCGAUACUGCGAGCGGCCCGGAAGGGGUUCGGGAGCGGCCCUUCCUUUGGGCUCCGGGCCAAGGGCCGCACCAGGCGGCGACCGCUCUCUGGACCGGUGGCGGCUGGGCGUCCGCGGAGGGCCCGCAGGAGCUGUCGCCGCCCGCUCCCGCUCCGCCAUGGGCGCCGCCGGCUCGUCGGCCCUGGGCCGUCUCGGCCUCCCCGCGUCGCGCCUCCCCGCGCAGCCCCGGCCCGGCUGGCUCGCGGUGACCGCGCUGGGACUGGCCGCCGUGGCGCUGGGGACCGUCGCCUGGCGCCGCGCGCGGUCCAGGCGGCGCCGGCGGCUGCAGCAGGUGGGCACCGUGGCGCAGCUCUGGAUCUACCCGGUCAAGUCCUGCAAGGGGGUGGCGGUGAGCGCGGCGGAGUGCACGGCCCUGGGGCUGCGCUGCGGCCACCUGCGGGACAGGUUUUGGCUUGUGGUCAACGAGAAGGGGAACAUGGUCACUGCUCGGCAGGAACCCCGUCUGGUCCUGAUUUCCCUGACUUGUGAGGGCGAUGCCCUGACCCUCAGUGCAGCCUACACGAAGGACCUGCUGUUGCCCAUCAAGACACCUGCCACAAAUGCCGUGUACAAGUGCAGAGUGCACGGCCUGGAGAUCGAGGGCAGGGACUGUGGGGAGGCUGCAGCCCAGUGGAUUACUAGCUUCCUGAAGACACAGCCCUACCGCCUGGUGCACUAUGAGCCUCACAUGCGACCGAGAAAUUCUCACCAAGUAAUGGAUGUGUUCCAGCCCACAGACCAGAUUGCGUACUCAGAUGCCAGCCCCUUCUUGAUUCUCUCUGAGGCAUCUUUGGCAGAUCUCAACUCCAGGCUGGAGAAGAAAGUUAAAGUGGCUAACUUCAGGCCCAAUAUCGUCAUUUCAGGGUGUGGUGUCUAUGCAGAGGAUUCUUGGGAUGAGCUUCUUAUUGGUGACGUCAUCCUGAAAAGAGUAACGGCUUGUUCCAGAUGCAUUUUAACCACGGUGGACCCAGACACUGGCGUCAUGAGCAGGAAGGAGCCGCUGGAGACCCUGAAGAGUUAUCGCCUGUGUGACCCUUCUGAGCAAAAGCUAUACGGAAAAUCGCCUCUCUUUGGGCAGUAUUUUGUUCUGGAAAACCCAGGGGCAGUCAGAGUGGGAGAUCCUGUGUACCUGCUGGGCCAGUGACAGGAAUCCUGUCCUGGAAUAUCAGAUACCUUGAAAAAAGAUAUCGUCAGAGACGCUGGGAAGCACGCCUGUGGAACCGAUACCUCAGCAUUUUCUUUGGGUCUGUGACUUCCGGUUUUUUUUGUUUGUUUGUUUUGUUUUUUUGCCUUUUAGACUUCUUUGUGCCUCAGUCCUUCCCAGGGUCCCAGUGCACAAGGCAAAGAAAUAAGUCCUUGGGAGCUUAGUAGGACAUCCGCAAGGCACUUAAAUGACAAGACGGAACACUUGAAAAUCCCUUGUUUAACUGUGAUUGUGGAAUCUGUUCCCCUUUUCCAUUCACCUAUCCAGAGGGCUAACCUCCAUCGUCUCAUUACCACUCCGGAGGAAAGAGAAGAGAAAGAGGAAGAGUGGGGAAGUGUGAAGAAUGUUCUGGAAGAAUGCAAUGGAAAUGACAUAGCUCCCCAGAUAAGGCUGGAGUGUCACAUCCCUUUUCUCCUCAAGCCCUGGACUACGUUUUGAGGAGGCAUAAAGACCCUGAUCUUCAGGAAACACUUAAGAUGUCAACCUCUUACAGAUCAUCACGGAACUGGCACUUCUGCUUCUCAGACAACGUCCACAGGAUUGGAUGGAUCCUUCAAUAGCACGCAGUGCCUCUGGGCUGUAGAACAGCAGAAAUGUCAUGGUGCAAAGUCAACCAUUGAGAACAGCCAUUGCUGGCAGACGCCGACAGGCAACACGUGAAAAGCAAGACAGACACAGACUUCCUUGUCUUGAGACAAAUGUCAAGUACAUCUCAUUAGUGAUCCAAACGUUUUUCCCAACAUAGGAGAGUGGGCGGUAGCCCCAGAGAGGGGAAGACCACCGGUUUGCUGUUGUCUGAGACGCUGUGAAAUGUUGCCCAGUGAAAUAGUGGCGCCCCUCUUGGCGGAUGAGCAAAAAGAAGCGGAAAGAUGUCGCCCCCUGGUGGUGGCGAAUGAUAGCUUAGCCCAUGCUGUGGAAAAGAUUGAAAAAGAAAGUACCUGUGAUUGGGUUUUAAUUUUCUAUCCCUGAUUUUUUUUUUUUAAGGAAGUGGGGACACCCUCCAGGUACUCUCUGCUUCUCAGCUGUAAGUAUUUGAUUUCCUAAAAGCUCUCAGGAGGGUGGCUCUGUUGUCACAAAGCCCCCUGGGAUCCUUGCUGGUCUCAUCAACUCAUGGCUGGGUGCUCCUCCUCAAAUUCAGGGUGAGAAAGUUCUGGAGUCCGUGGAUGAGAAGAAGCGUGAUUUUGUGAUUUGAAAUGGGCCGCUGAAAACCUUUCGAAGGAGAAGAGGAAAUCAUGUCAGUUCAUUAAAAACCGCUAUCUAAUCUUUCUACUUUCUAAUGAUUUAGCUCUAAGAGCUGAGGAACCAUAUCCUUCACUGCUGUUUUGUCCUUAGGAAGCUGACUAAAUCGUGAAAAAAUGUUCCCAAACGGUAAAUAAACGGAAGCUACUCUAA